AUGCAGACUGCUUUUACAAACAUUUGUGAAAGAAUGUGCAAUAAGUCCAUCUGUGAAAUCUACUUGCUACUUAAUAUUCCAUGGUCAACUCUCAGUGGGAUUAUAAAAACGUGGAGGCAAGUGGGAACAACAGCAACUCAAGCAAGUAGUGGUAGGCUACGUAAAUGACAGAUUAGUGUCAGCUCAUGCUGAAGCGCGCAGUGCGCAGAAGUUGCCAACUGUCUGCAGAGUCAAUAGCUAAAGACCUCCAAACUUUGUGUGGCCUUCAGAUUAGCACAGUGUGUAGAGAGCUUCAUGGGAUGGGUUUCUAUGGUCAAGCAGCUGCAUCCAAGCCUUGCAUCACCAAGUACAAUGCAAAGUGUUGGAUGCAGUGGUGUAAAGCACGCCACCAUUGGACUCUA